AUGCACAAUUCUGCUUUCAAGUGUAUUCGCUCGCUUUUAUUCGACCAGCAAUAUUUCUGGAUUAUUGCAUCUCUCGUCAUUCUCGGAGAUGCUAUCCUCACUCAACUCAUAGUCCGGUUCGUUCCCUAUACAGAAAUCGAUUGGAAAACAUACAUGGUCCACAUUGACCUUUACCUGAAAGGAGAACGCAACUAUGUUAAUAUCACAGGGCCAACCGGUCCUUUAGUUUAUCCAGCUGGACAUGUUCAUAUUCAUCACCUUCUUCAUCGUAUCACAAAUGCCGGUCGCAAUGUUGCGCAGGCCCAACAGAUUUACGCCGGCUUAUACGUACUAUCCGUCGUACUCGUAUGCGCGAUAUAUAAGAAAGCGAACAUUCCAAAUUGGACUCUUCUGCUGCUACCACUCAGCAAAAGGCUGCAUUCUAUCUUCGUUCUCCGCCUGUUCAAUGACUGCUGGUCUAUAAUCUUCGUCCAAGCGGCGAUUCUAGCCUUCCAGAGCGCUUGGGAUGACAUAGGCAUCUUGUUAUUCAGCCUGGCUCUCUCUAUAAAAAUGUCGGCAAUAUUGUAUCUGCCAGGUCUGCUCGUCAUCAUCUUCAAACGACACGGCUUCUUUGCGACCAUUCGACACAUGCUCGUCUUGGCAUCCACUCAGAUUCUCCUUGCGCGCUCUUUCCUCGCUGCAGAUGCAAAGUCCUACAUGCAGAAUGCGUUUGAUUUAUCACGCAUUUUCCUUUACAAGUGGACCGUGAACUGGCGUUUUGUCGAUGAGCGUACAUUUUUGAGUCCCACAUGGGCGAAAGGCCUACUUCUGGGUCACGUUACGGUGUUGAUUGCCUUUGGAUUAUUCCGAUGGUGUCGUAGCGACGGUGGCGUACCUCGGGUUCUUCAGAGAGGUCUCCGGCGACCCUCUCUACCUGCUGGUCUGGCGCCCGUAGGUCCUGAUUACGUUGCUACUGUACUCAUGACGUCCAAUCUUAUUGGCAUCAUCUUUGCACGAUCGCUGCACUACCAAUUCUACUCGUGGUAUUCGCAGCAAGUGCCUCUCCUUACUCAAAGAACGAGGUUUCCUUUCGUCAUGCAAAUGGCACUCAUGGGCGCAAUCGAAUAUGCCUGGAAUGUUUAUCCAUCCACACCACUUUCAUCUGGCCUUCUCCUCGCAGCAAAUUCCUUGAUGCUCCUCGGGAUUUGGUUUGGAUAUCCAGAAGGAAAGUUGUCCGGCAAACAAUGA